ACGUGUCAGUCAAAGCUGAUGGAGACGCGGAUUGGCUUGUUUCUGCCCGCGGGGCUCCAGGCUCCACCUCUCCAUCGGAGCCCUGCCUGUGCUGCGCUUGUUGCAGUGAGCGCGGAGGGUUUGUGCGCUCUCGGGUUACGCGUAUGAAGUUGUGGACAAGAGGAUAUCUGACACAUCCAGCCACUUGGAGACACAGGAAAGUAGAGGCUCACUUCUUCACGUUUCACUCUUUAAUCUGGGGAAUACAAUUAAGCCCUCGGACAGCGGCUGAGGAAAAAAAAAAGAGAGAGCAAGAAAACGAGUUUGUGGCAUUUAAUUGAGAGACCAAGCAUACCCAACAGUAUGCGGUGCAGUUAUGGCAGGCAAGGGUAAGACAGUCGUGAGGACGCUGGAGGAUUUAACGCUUGAUUCUGGUUAUGGUGGAGCCGCGGACUCGGUCAGGUCGUCCAGCGUGUCGCUGUGCUGCUCCGACACGCAUCAGUCCGUCUCGCAUGGGGGCAACUGCUGGCAUCUGACCGAAUCCAUGCACAGCAGACAGAACAGUUUGGACACAGUCAACACCGUCCUGGCGGAGGACACGGAGAUACUGGAGUGCUCGGGUCAGUGCGCCAAGCUGCCCGAGCUGGAGGACGUGCCAUGGAGCCUCGGCGAGGUGGAGGGCGCACUGAGGAAAGACGAGGAGCUGAUGGUAGGAAACCCGCCACCGGAGGUCUUGGCGCGGCUGUCGGCUCUCAUCAGCCGCGCGCUGGUGCGGGUGGCCCGGGAGGCGCAGCGGCUCAGCCUGCGCUACGCCAAGUGCACCAAGCAUGAGCUCCAGAGCGCCAUCAAGGUGGUGCUCUCAUGGACCAUCUCCGUCAACUGCAUCACGGCGGCUCUCAGCGCCCUGUCCCUGUACAACAUGAGCACCGGGGACAAGUUCAGCCGAGGCAAGUCGGAGCGCUGCGGGCUGGUCUUCUCCGUGGGGAAGUUCUUCAGGUGGAUGGUGGAUAGUCGGGUGGCCCUCAGGAUCCACGAACACGCUGCCAUAUACCUCACCGCCUGCAUGGAGAGUCUGUUCAGAGAGGUGUUCAGCCGCGUCCUGCGCAGCGCGCUGGUGGAGAGGGACAACGGGAUCCCCAAGUUUACGCUGGAGUCUCUGGAGCAAGCCAUCAACAACGACUCGGAGAUCUGGGGUCUGCUGCAGCACUACCAGCACCUCAUUUGUGGCAAGAAUUCAAGUGGUGUGCUGAGCCUGCCGGAGAGUUUGAAUCUGCACCGGGACCAGCAGCGCUCAGGGAGGGGCAGUGAGUGUCAGGCAUACACCCAGGCCGAGCUUCGCACGCUGGAACAGUCGCUGCUCGCAACCCGGGUGGGCAGCAUCGCAGAACUGAGUGAUUUGGUAUCCCGGGCCAUGCACCACCUCCAGCCGCUGCACAUCAAGAACCCCAGCAAUGGGACUCCGGUCCACCAGAAGACCAACACCACGGUGCACUGGGAGCCCGAGGCCCUCUAUACCCUGUGUUACUUCAUGCACUGCCCACAGAUGGAAUGGGAGAACCCCAACGUUGAGCCCUCCAAAGUCACCUUACAGACUGAGAGGCCAUUCCUGGUACUGCCUCCGCUGAUGGAGUGGAUCCGGGUGGCUGUCGCCCACACUGAGCAUCGACGAAGCUUCUCUGUAGACAGCGAUGAUGUGAGGCAGGCCGCCAGGCUGCUGCUCCCCGGUGUGGAUUGUGAACCACGGCAAAUAAAAGCGGAGGAUUGUUUCUGUGCCACCAGAAAGCUGGACGCAGCCUCCACAGAGGCCAAGUUCCUGCAGGAUCUGGGCUUCAGGAUGCUCAACUGCGGACGGACGGACCUGGUCAAGCAGGCUGUGAACCUGCUGGGGCCCGAUGGCAUCAACAGCAUGAGCGAACAGGGAAUGACCCCUCUGAUGUACGCCUGCGUCCGCGGUGAUGAGGCCAUGGUCCAGAUGCUGCUCGACGCCGGAGCUGACAUCAACAGCGAGGUGCCAAGCACAGUAAACAAGCACCCCUCAGUUUAUCCUGAAACGCGCCAGGGGACGCCACUCACUUUCGCCGUGUUACACGGACACGUCCCUGUCGUGCAGUUGCUGCUGGAUAAUAGAGCGAAUGUGGAGGGCGCCCUGCAGGAUGGGGCGGAGAACUACACAGAGACCCCGCUUCAGCUGGCCGCUGCUGCAGGUAACUUUGAGUUGGUGAGUUUGCUUUUGGAAAGAGGGGCCGACCCCAUGAUCGGGACCAUGUGUCGAAACGGCAUCUCGUCCGCCCCGCUCGGAGACAUGAACUCAUACAGCCUGGCAGCAGCACACGGCCACAGGAAUGUAUUUCGGAAGCUUCUCGCCCAGUCAGAGAAGGAAAAGGGGGAUGUGCUAUCCCUGGAGGAGAUCCUUGCCGAGGGUUCGGAGCCCGGGGAGAAGAGGUUGGCACCGCAGGCCAACGGUGGAGGGACCCUGCGAACAGGAAAGGCCAGACUGAGGGCCCUGAGAGAGGCCAUGUACCAUAGCGCAGAGCACGGCCAUGUGGACAUCACCAUAGACAUCCGCAGCUUAGGCGUUCCCUGGACGCUGCACACCUGGCUCGAGUCCCUGCGUACCUGCUUCAUCCAGCACCGCCGGCCGCUGAUCCAGGGCCUGCUCAAAGACUUUUGCUGCAUCCAGGAGGACGAGUACACAGAGGAGCUCAUCACGCACGGCCUGCCGCUCAUGUUCCAGAUCCUCCGAGCCAGCAAGAAUGAGGUGAUAAGUCAGCAGCUGUCAGUCAUUUUCACCCAGUGCUACGGGCCCUUCCCCAUCCCUAAGCUGACAGAGAUCAAGAAGAAACAGACCUCGCGCUUAGACCCCCACUUCCUGAACAACAAGGACAUGUCUGAUGUUACUUUCCUGGUGGAGGGGAAACCGUUUUAUGCACACAAAGUUUUGCUGUUUACAGCUUCGCCCAGGUUCAAGUCACUGCUCCAGAACCGACCGGCAGCAGAGAACACCUGUAUUGAAAUCAGCCACGUCAAGUACAAUAUUUUCCAUCUGGUCAUGCAGUAUCUGUACUGUGGAGGCACUGAGUCUUUGCACAUACGCAACACUGAAGUUAUGGAGCUCCUCUCUGCAGCCAAAUUCUUCCAACUAGAGGCCCUUCAGAGACACUGUGAGAUCAUCUGCUCCAAGAACAUCACCACGGAAACCUGCGUGGACCUCUACAAACACGCCAAGUUCCUUGGUGCCUCAGAGCUUACGGCUUUCAUCGAGGGCUAUUUCCUGAAGAACAUGGUGCUGCUGAUUGAACUCGACAGCUUCAAGCAGCUGCUGUACGAACCUCCUGCCCCCGAGAGCCCCGCCUCCAGCCCCGGCAUCUGCUCCGACAUCCUCCUCGACCUGGAGAAAACUCUGGCCAUACGCAUCCGCUCCAUCCACCUCUCCACCUCCAAGGGCUCCGUGGUGUGACGUCGUCCUCUCCAAAAAAAACCUUCCGAUCCAGGCACAGCAUCCAUGUAACACCACUUUUAACGCCCUGCUAUACAGCCCCGUCCACCUGCCCUGGCCCCCACUGCUGUCAGAUGGGGCUGUGGGAUGUUUUUUAUGUCAGGGAUUCCCUUUAAUUCUGCCUGUUGCAGCCCCCUUUGAGAGUUAACGCUGGCAUACGUGACAAAAUCAGAGAGAGAACUUUCUCGCCUUGUUGGAGGCUUGAACUCUGUUGUCCUAAUAACUCCCACAGAUCACUUCACAUCCCUACUAUAAAAAAAAACUGUAACAAAAACAGAACUGACUUGAUCCAGUUGAGCAGUAUCACUUAGACCUAAUCGUGAUUAUGAAACUUACUGUAUUUCAUAUAAGAAACAUGCAUGAAAUACAUUCUGUACACCUUUUUUCGCUUAAAAAGGUAGAGUAGAAUUUUAACUCAAUAAAAGCAGCUUUCUCAUCAUCUCUGAUAUGAGACUUUGGUUUACAAACAUCACUUUAUGGAAGUGGAUGCCAUUGCAGUAUAAAGUUUGACAAAUGCCAAAAUAUAAUCCUACUAUACAACCAAUAAAAAGUGACUAGUAGCAAUGCCGGGAGACGGACUUUAGCUGGACUCGUUCAAACUUAUUUACAUUUAAUUCCUGUCAGUUGUAUGUUGGAUACGUUUCACUGUGUUAUAUCUACUGUGUGCAGAGGCCAAACUGAUCACAGGAACUUCCACCGUGGCCGACACUGCAGCGCUGAUUAAACUAAAGACUGCCCACUCAGUGAAAUCUAUGCUGACGUAUGCUUGAAACAUGGAUGUCCAACUGGGAAAUUAACUCCACGAACACUGUCGACUUUUUUUGCAUGACACCUACUCAACUGAGCUGCCCUGAUAUUGCUUUUUAUGCAGAGCUUACUUCAUGGACCACUUUCGCAAAGGGGAAGUAAGGGAAAACGCUGCUUAUUAACUUUCUAUCCACUGCAAAACUGACCGAGCUUGGGUUUGGAGAUGGAUUUUGAUUGGCAGGGACUUUCUCUUUAAAAGCAAAGUGUAAAUACGUCCUUAAAGUCAUCGUGCUGGUCGUUCUUCUUCUUUUUUUUUUAAAAACUGAUGUACAGUAUUCUCCUACACUCGCUUGGCUGAUGACACCAGUCUCAUUGAAUGUGCUCCCUGUUUGUUCCUGCUGUAUGUGUCUGUUUAUGCAGAGUUGCAUGUUUAAUCUGUUUGUUUGAAUCCUCCGUUUCGCUUUAGGUGUGCUUUCUGUGUAGAUCGGUAGGGCUGAGUAGGGUGUUGAUCGUUCCAGUUAAAGUGCAAUCAGAGGAUGUUCCCUUCAGUUGUUUUGUUGUUUCUGAUACAUUCCAAAUGAUCAGGUUUAGAUCACGAGAUGCAUUUUAAAGUCACUUUUUGUGUUAGGCUUCACCUCAGCAGAGAAUUUCUCAAAAACAUCAAUUAUGUGACAGAAAAGGUUGAAUUCCCACAGUUCCUCAAGAGUUUAAUAGAGACACAACAUUGUUACAGGACUCACAAAGUAUGUUUUUAUGCACAUUUUCAAUUUGAAACAACAAGUCAGAAUAUUGCAAAAAAUAAGUUUUUAUGGUUGCAAGAGGUGGAAAAGUUGGCCCAUAACAAUUAAUAAAAGAAAAAUGGAAACACGUGACUUAAACGUCCACUGAGGCUGCAACUGAAGAGACACAAAAUGGUGGCAGAUGAAUACAUCAGAUCUCAAGUUAAUACAUGAAACGAACAUAAAAGCCAUAUUUCCAUCAUG